GGGUCAGUCACGUGCGUGAAUAUAUGGUUCACACGGUACAUUUCGGGAAUUUUGUCCCACCAUCGACGCUAACCUCCAUGACUGAGAGUUGAACGAUAUCACAAUAUUUUUCUGCCCGUAUCGACUAUAGAUUGACAUCCAUGGACGAAUCUGGAGAAGGAAGACUCUUUGCAAGAUUCGAGAAAUAUGCCGAAUUUGCGGAUAUACAACGAUCUCUCCUUGCACUGGAUUUAACUGUCGUGCCUACAGCGGAAGAAAGUAAGGAAGAGGCAGUCAAGCUGCAGAAGCUCUCAAAUAUACUUGAUGAAUAUCAAGAACAGUCCUAUCUCUUGGAUCCGUACCUCGAAGGCCUCGUUGUUCCGGUGGUGGACAGUCUAAAGUCGCAUGCACAUGCAUCAAUAUCCCAUCCUUCAACAAUCUUCUCAUCAGAACGAGUGCAACGCGUCGCUCUGCUCUUGUACAGAUAUAUCAAGUGCCGUGGGUACAAGACAAUAAUCAGAUUUUAUCCCCACGAAAUCGCGGAUCUGUCUAUUGCAUUGAACUAUAUGCAAAACGCGAACACUUUAGUGGUCGAAGUAAACCAAUGGGCUCUGCGUUAUACCUUUUUACUUUGGCUGUCUCUUAUCUGCAUGCUGCCUUUUGAUUUGGCGCAAUUUGAUGAAGUCGAAGGUGGAAACCAGACAGCCCUUUCCAUAGAACACAUCGGGAAAGGAUUCUUGUCCAAUGCUGGCUUAGAGCGCGAGGGUGCUGCUAUUAUGCUGUCGCGUCUGUACAUGAGAAAGGAUACCCUCACAAUAUUUCACCUUUAUCUGUCCUGGUGUAAAGAUACCAUCCGCGAGUCCAAGGAUCCUUUUACGGUUAUUGGACUCCUACAGGUACUAUGCGAGGUUUUAAAGUCAGGAUCUGUGGGACAAGUUGAAGUGGCUCUACCUGAUGUUCUUGACAUCGCUGCUACUCUGGAGGGUGAAUCAACUCUCUACGCUAAUACCGUUGUCAGGAAGUAUAAAACGAAGCUCGUAUCACGCGUAGCGUUACGCAUAUUACCGGCCAGAUCGGCCAGAGGGACUGACAGUCAGGAUGACAUCGAUGUUCCGGACUCGAUCGAAAUCGUCCUGGAGCAACUCUUUCAGAGUCUCCAAGAUAAAGACACUGUCGUCCGAUGGUCAGCGGCCAAAGGCAUCGCAAGAAUUUCAGAUCGCCUUCCAACCGACUUCGCAGAUCAAGUACUUGACACAAUCAUGGGGCUCUUUUCAAUUCAUUCUGUGGCGGCAGCACGCAUAUACGAUCUUCCUGCUAUUGCAGAAAGCACCUGGCAUGGUUCAUCUCUUGCUUGUGCCGAAAUGGCACGUAGAGGCCUCGUUAGCUCGGAGAGACUCCCCGAGUUACUUAAUUGGCUUUCAAAGGCACUGUAUUUCGACUUGAGGAAAGGUGCUCAUUCCAUAGGUUCUAGUGUUCGUGAUGCUGCUGCGUAUGUUAUUUGGGCUCUCGCUAGGAGUAAAAAUCCCAGCGAAUUGGCGCCUCACGCUGAGAAACUCGCUCGUCAAUUAGUCACGGUGUCGCUUUACGAUCGUGAAAUACAUAUUCGACGAGCCGCCAGCGCCGCUUUCCAGGAACAUGUGGGAAGAACAGGACUAUUUCCUCACGGAAUUGACGUCUUACGCAAGACGGACUUCUACGCUGUGGGCAUUAGGCGGAAUGCAUUUCUCGUUGCAGCGCCUCAAGUUGCUGAGCAUCCGGAAUACCGGCGAUAUCUUUUUGACCACCUUUUGGAUGUACCACUGAGGCACUGGGAUGCGAACAUGCGACAGCUAGCAUCUCAGUCCCUUCGUCUCAUUUGCCUUUUAGAUCUAUCAGGAUUAGGUCCGCAAGUUUGCUCCAGAGCCGCAAAAUUACUCGAAUCCCCUGAUAAUACGGAUAUUCACGGAGGCCUUCUUGCAUUGACCGAGCUAUCUAUUGCCUGCCGUGAUCGGGCUUCAUCAGAAGUCGAAAGGGAGCAACAAAUGCGAGAUAUUUUCAAAUACCUUGCAAUUGUACCUCACGCUGUCUUGGUAGGAUCUCGAAAUGAGAUUGUUACUGCAGCAGCAUGCCAGUUGAUCGCAAGUACAAUGACGUUGGCGGAGAUUAGUAUGGGGCCAAAUACGUCUGUUCCCAAGUGGAGACAGGUUGUAGACUUUGGUUUGAAGCAUCGGCGUGUCCCUGUACAGGAAGCUGCGGCGAUGGCUAUGGCUUCCAUCAGUAAAUUGGUGGACUGCUUUACUACUGUUACCAGAUUGAUCCGGGAACUGAGUUCUGGGUCCUUCUCCAGUCAGCAGAGCCUUGGCCGAGUAUUGGGUGUGAUCGAUUACGAUUCUUUCCCGAAGUGCUUGCCGGAUAGUAUUAGCUGCCUUCUAGAGUGUGCCAGACCUUCGCCAAAGGCCUUCAGUGCUAAUAUAGAAGCUCGUCGCAACUGUUAUAUUGCCAUCCCUCAAAUCAUUCAAAAUAUAGUUCCGCAUCUCGAUGACCGCGUGUCUCCAGAAGUCUUCGCUUCGUUGUUUGACGCACUUUUGUGUGGAUUAGAAGACUACACGAUUGAUGAACGAGGUGAUGUUGGCUCGUGGAUCCGGAUGGCUUGCGUACGCGGCUUGACAUCGGUCUCUGAAAUUCUUUUCUCGAACGCAAAGACCAUCAUCCACUUUGAUGAUUACUUACCCCCGUUGAAAUAUCACCUAGCCGUUAUCGGGAUUCUCAAACAGGGUGUUGAGAGAUUGGAUAAUGUUAGGCAGGACGCCGGAGAGUGUAUUCUAAGACUUCUUCGGCUGCCUCUACCAGAUGUGAAUGACGCCGGACGCUGGCAGUUGCCGAGUUGUGGCUUACUCAUGGAGCUUUUUGCAUCUGGCACUGAAACUGUGAGCUGGAGCGAUGGACACUGGUUGUUCCCCAGGGCUGUCCGUCUUUUAGAAAUCGCAGAAUAUCGUCAACCGAUCCUGAAGGGUCUUGUUAUAAGUCUAGGCAGUAAGACGGAUAGCAUUCAUCGACCCGUCUCAACAAGUUUGUCGGCAUAUGCACGAUCUUUACCUGCCAGCGGGCCAACAGAUGCUUACGACCUUGUCACAUUUGCGAAUGAUUUGAUCAAAUAUGCUAAGGCAAACUUAGGAUCUAACAAUAUCGUCGUGCCAGUUCUCCAGACGUUCAAUGUCCUGCUUGAGGCUGGGGCGCUCAAAAAACUUUCAUCCGAUAAUUCCGGCAUCAAAAGUUUGGAUAGUUUGCAUCUGAUGGCGUCUCAGCAUGUCGAUCGACUGAAGAGCGUUCAACGAAUCCAUGAAUCCAUGAAGAUUGUUAUCAAUCUCCUCGCAUUUGAUGUGAUGUUUGAACGAUGCAUCACUAGUCUCCCAAGUUUUCUCGCUCAUCGAUUCCCCACUAUCCGCUCGGAUGCAGCUGAACUUCUGUACCUCAAAAUUCAGAGUCUGGACCUCAACAGAGAUACCGAAGAAGUAGAAGAGCUAUUGUUGGAGACCGAGUGGACAUCAAGCGAUGUCGAGGCUGUUCGCCAACAUGCGCAACAUGUAGUGGAAUUAUUUAAGGGCGAAAUAUGAAUCACUUGGUCUAUGUUACGGGCAAGUUAGCAUCUGAGCAGAUUAGGUGGUUCAGGGUGGCUGUGGUCGGAUCGUGGGAAAAUGAUCGAGUCGUCACUGUCUGGUCA